ACCAAUAUAAGCGGGUUUAGCAUGUCCAAAGGGGGAAGCAAAGCUGUUAAACCCAGGGAUCGUCUUCUCCCUUCUCCUCACCCCCGUCCUCCUCCUGCAAAUCCCGGCGGCGUAACCCUCGCCAGGACGGCGGCGCUCCGUGCCUCCUCUCGCCGACUUUUUUGGAAUCAGGCAAACAUGAUGAGCAAGCAGGAGCCCUGGACUCGCCUUUCCCACAGAAAGAAAUUACCAGGAUGGGUGGCGUACAAUCCAAAGACCAUGAGGCCUCCACCAUUGAGCGGCGACACCAAGCAAAUGAAGAUUCUAUCCUGGAAUGUCAAUGGGCUGAGCAAUAUUGUACAGUCAGGGGGUUUCUCUUCUGCGUUGGCUCAGAGGGAGAAUUUUGAUGUGUUGUGUCUUCAAGAGACACAUUUGAAGGAGGGUGAUGUUAAAGAUUUCAAGAACCUGAUACCAGGGUAUGAGUAUAACUAUUGGUCAUGCAGUGUCGCGAGGCUUGACUAUUCAGGGACUGGAGUAAUUUCAAGGGUAAAACCAAUCUCUGUCCAAUAUGGAAUUGGCAUAGCUGAACAUGAUCAGGAGGGCAGGGUUAUUACUUUGGAGUUUGAGAACUUCUACUUGGUGAAUGCUUAUGUCCCAAAUUCUGGCCGUGGUUUACGUAGACUGGUUUACAGGGUUGAUAACUGGGAUCCAUCCUUCUCUGACUUUGUAGAAAAACUGGAAAGUUUCAAGCCAGUAAUUGUUGCUGGUGAUCUCAACUGUGCUCGUCAGAGUAUUGACAUCCACAAUCCUGCAGCCAAAACUGAAGAUGCAGGUUUCACCGAAGAAGAGAGGGAAUCAUUUCAGAUAAACUUUGAUAUGAGAGGCUUCGUUGAUACCUUCAGAAAGCAGCAUCCCAAGGCUGUGGGUUAUACCUUCUGGGGUGAAAAUCAGCGGUGUAACAACAAAGGUUGGCGACUGGAUUACUUUCUUGCAUCGGGAUCCAUCAUCGACAGGGUCCAUGAUUCGUACAUUCUCCCGGACGUGACAUCCAGUGACCACAGUCCAAUUGGCCUUGUGCUGAAGCUCUAGGCACCGCAAGGCUGCUGGGGAAAUGCUUGGUCAGGCUGAAACGAUCCAAACUGGGGUAGAUAUGGUUUGCUUAGUCAGUUUUUCCGUGGAUUUUUGCACUAUGUCAAUGUUCUGCAGAAGUCUUACGUAUUUGUUAUCUUAAUUACCAUGUCACCUGAUAUGUUUUGCGUAGUUGUUAUCCUCUAUGUAGUCAUUAAACUCUUCUGCAAUGAUGAAGGAAUGAAUUCUAAACCGGAGUUUGCUUC